UUAAUUCGGUAGAUAAUUCAUCCAAUGAAUAUUCGAUCUAUUUACGUUUCAAAAAUACAUUGAUUGUCUAUUGUUUAAUAUAGUGGGCAAUGAAAUGGUAUUAUCAACUGUAGCGAUGAACAGACUAAAUUAUUUUUAAUUUUACGAUACAAAGCGAUCGGGGUUGUAGAGAUAAUGUUCGAACAAUUGCUGCUGGAUGGCGUCACCGAUGUCGUCCAAAAGUAGCAACCACUUUUCAUCGACUUUAGGAUAAAAACAAUGCAGUUAGAAUAGGGUUGGACUAAAGGAUGCAUACAAAAUUGUUGACAUGCAAUGUAAAAUAUUUAACGAUGAUAAUUUCUUCGAUGGAUCGAUAAGGUUUAAUUAAAAUUCUAGCGAAAACCAGAAGCUUGUCGAGAACGAAGGGAUGCGUUUCAGUAUUCACCUCAAAGAUGAUGCAUUAAAGGACUUCUUUAUCAGGACAACAUGAAAUCAAGACAUGAUUUUAUAUGUACAGAGGAGAAUGUAUCGAUAUUUCCAACAUGUACAUGGAAUUGUACAAAGCAAGGGUAAACCAGGCAAAACAUGGAUUGUAGUUUCUGUCCGAGUUUCCUUUUUCUUUGAAGAUAUUACUGGCGAAGGAAUGGUAGUAUCCCUGUUCCAGGAGUUUACAAGAACACGAUCCCGUCGCUGCUCUGUGUACACACUCCACGAGGGAGGGUUAGAGCAGCGACGAAGAGAAUCGACGGCUCGUAGGACGACGAGGAAAUCGAGGACCCGAAUCUAAAUAAAUCGAUCAGUAAAUAGAUCGAGCUUGCUUCCUCCUACUGUUUUCCGAUUGGACAACAAGGGGUGCAUGGGACGGGGAUGCUGGGGGGAGAGGAGGCCGUGUAUUUGUGGCGUACGAGUCGGCGGCUGCGAUCGCCUUCUGGCAAACCUUAUCGUGACACCGUUUCGUGCGUGUUCGAGAGUUGGCCGGCUCGGUUCGCUCGAUCGGUUCGUUUCGUUCCGUGAUCGAUCGGUCCGGCUAUUGUGCUCGAUGUAAUCCAGUGAUAUAACGAUUUUUACCCUUUUGUGCAUCGUGGUGCAUCGUUCCUGCGACGAUCCCCCGGCGCGAAAACUCACUGAUGUAGAUCGACAUGGCCAUCAACAUAAAGUUCACGAAAUUCGACAACACACCAUGGGGAUUUCGAUUGGCGGGUGGAAGCGACUUUCCACAGCCGCUCACUGUCAUCAGAGUAACAGAGGACAGCCUGGCGGAAUGCAUGGGCUUGAAGGUCGGCGACGUCGUGGUGAGAUUAAACGAUCAGCCCAUCAGCAGCCUGACCCACGGUCAGGCACACGAAGAACUAAUGAGAGCGGGGAAUAAUUUCGUUCUGGGUGUCCUGAGAGAAGAAGAUUCCCUCAAGGCUUUGGAGGCGCUGUCCGAGGAGAACAUCGUUCCGUACAAGAUCCCACUUGCAGACUUACCACCGGUUUUUCCGGAGUCAAUCUUAAAGGAGGAGAUCGUAACCGAGGUGACCGAGGUGACCACUGUGUACGAGGAAAAACUAGUCGAGGAGGAGGCCAAGCCAGAGGUGGAACCUCUUCCGGACAAGCCAAAAGACGCAAACAGCGAGGUCGUUCCUAAUCAGAAUCUCACAGACGACGAGAUCGCUCAAUUGAUCCUCGAGGAAGAGGAGCUCUUGAACGAUAAAGGAGUUCUGGGGGUGAACUUCAAGAAGCUCAGGCCCCGUGUCACGACCCUGAAACAAUCGAAGGUGAUAGAGGAGCUCCAGAACCUCGCGACAGAACCUCCUCCGUUGGUGGAGCAACUGAAGCGCACUUCUGUGUUCCUGCAGAAGCCCCAGCGUCCGAUUCCGGCGCCCCGCAAGAAGCCGGACGAACAGGAAGAAACAGAGGGCGAGAAGUACAGAGUGGUGAUAAAGAAGCAGCAAAGAAGGACCAUCACCGACAGACUUCUGGAGAGCGGCCUGCUGAAGCCAGAAGACGCAAAGACCCCGGAGCCCCCGACUCCCGAGGUAAACAUGGACAGUAACGAAUCGCUGGCGACAGUCGAGGAGGACGAUUUCUCGUCGUUGAUCGUACCAUCGGACGCGUUCGACGAUGAUCCGUGCUUGCAGCAGCAGGCACAGCUCGAAUCGUCCGUCGCGUGUACAGAGGUGUUCACCACGCGUCUAGAAAUCGAGAUCGAUCCGAGUCGCUAUUCGCUGAACGUAAACGCCGAGGCUAGUCCACCAUCGGACGUCGUUCCGUUACAGUCGCCUAAACGAAAAGAGAACGUAGCCGUGGCUCGUCGAACGCCUAUCAAACGCAGGUUCAAACGUUUCUACACGAGGGCUCACUACUUCCGCGGAUGCCUCUUCGGCAAGAGAGAUCAGGUCGACACCAAGAAACCGUCCAAAGUGAGGCCCUCGUUCAGGGAGCCUCACCAGGCGAACGACGCUCCGAAUCUCGUGAUACCUGCGGUCCUUGCCACGGAGCAGCCCGAGGAGCAGCCACGUCGCGGUAGCGUCGAGAAAUCGAAGUCCAGGAUGAAAGGUCGUUACCUCGAGACGUAUCUGAAGCGAGAGGAUAAUUGGAUUAGGCGUGCGAUCGACGGCUUGCUCGAGGGGUCGGUCGACGCUACCUCGAGCAAGCUUUUCGACCUUCUGGUCUCCGACAAAGAGGUCUCUCUCAGGCGUACGCGUUACGCGGAGAAAGUUCUCGUCAAGAGCGUCCACUUCAUCGUAGCCCGCGUUCGCUCCGAUAUUUUCGCGUGUCUCGAACGGGAACCGAAACAGAAAUCGCGGAUUCGCAGGCGUUUCUACUUCAAGGGUCGUUACUUCCAGCGCCUGCUCUGGCGAACCGUGGCGCGUUUGAUGGAAUACAUCAGAGGCGUAUCGUCGGCCAAGGAUGUCCGCGGCGCAAGUAGAAGACGUAGUUCCGCGAUGAUUAAGAUGAGAGGUCGUUACAUGGAGAAGUGUUUGCUUCAGAACGGUUUCCUCGAUCUUCGCGAGCGUUUCCCCUCGCACCCAGUUGUCUGCUCGAAGAGGAAGCUCUUCGUGCGCACUCGCUACGCCGAGCGCGUCGCCAAGAAGCACUUGGAAUCGCUGGGCUUCAUCGUUCGAUACGUUCGCGAGCAGGUUCUCCAAGGUAUUUCCAAGUCUUCCAGCGUCGAUAGGGAGGCCGAAGGAGGCUUGCCCGAUCUGAUUCGUUCCUCUAAAGACUUCAUCUCCACGGAGGUGUUCCAUCGAGGUAGCAGGCGUAUCUCUAGAUCGUGCAGGGGCAGCGUCUCCGUUGGUUCUCCGAGUUUGUUGAACGUUUUCCGUAACUUCGUUCGCGAUUUCGAUUGGCUGCCGAUGACGUUCAGCAGGGGUUCGACGGAUCGAACGAUCGGGGAGAAGAAGGCAGUUCAGGACGGGGAUCGCGAGGGUCGCAGGUUGUCCUUCGUGCCCACUGUCCUCUACGAAGGCCUGACGAAUCGCAUAGGCGUCGAUUUCACGAGACUGGUGGCGUACGCGUUCGUACCCUGCACCUCCAUCGUUCUCCUCUACAUGUACAAGUAAAUCGAUUUGGACAACGCGUUACUUCGUUUGCUAGUUACGAUGGAAUACAGGAAUGUCUUGCUGAUCAGGGUAGAAAAUGCGUUACUUCGUUUGGUAGUUACGAUGGAAUACAGGAAUGUCUUGCUAAUACUGGGUUGUAAGGCUGAUACAGGUGAGUUAGGUAUUGGAUCUUUUAAAAUGCUCGUUCCGCGAUAAGGUAGCAAUCCUGGUAAGAAGAUUCAACUGGCGCUAAAAAAAGAAUUAAAUACGAUUAUCACUGCGUACGAAAUUAGAACGCCUUAAAGCGAGACGUGCCUGUAUAAGUCGACAACGAUCGGUGUUAUUAUAAUACUUACGAUUAUUGUUUAGAUUUAAAACGACGUCACAUGUUCUAGGACAUCCCUAACAGACGCUAGAUCAUCAUGGGCCAUCUGUAAACGUAUAGAAAAGAAAAUGAUAAUGAAACAGUGUUCGUCGUUCGUAAAGUGUGUGUUCUGUACAUCUGUCCAGUGUAACAUGUAACAUGUUUCUCGUUGCUAGAGGCUGUUGGUACUCGUCCAUGGGGCUGUGCGUUCGAGAAGAAUAUAAUUAACUAAUAUAUUGACUGAAGUAACAGCAUCUUCCUUUUACCCCUCAGAGGACCGUGACUGGCUGGGUUUUGUUUAUCCAGAGAGUCACGUGCUCCAAGAAGUGUUUACUCGUGAACUAAUAUAUGUCUUAACCCUUUAUUGCAUAACGUGGUCUUAGCUCUUCUUGGUUAAUAACCCCUGCAGGUUCAGGUAUACGUUUAGUUUCGAGUAUCGAUAUUAAAUCAUGGACGUAUACAUAUGUGAGAUUUCUUUUUGUAACUAAUAAAAAUCAUAGUAAAUUUCAUGCAAUCGAGGGUUAACAAUUCUGUUUACUACAAUUUUGUACAAUUCGUUUCAAAAUUCCUGUCUGUACUUUUAAUAAUCCUCAUAGAAGGCUGUGUACUCUGAGGGGUUCUGGACGAUCCUGACAUUUCACGUGGCAAAUAGAAGGAUCAUUUUCGAGACGUCGCGUAACGCACGGCCCUGCGAGUACACGUAACCGUAGUACAUACUUAUACCAAAAAGAAAAGUCGAAAGUGAUCGCACUAGCACGUCGAACUCAUUCGCAUCUAGUCUAACGAGUGUAAAGUAGAACUCUCGAAAUCUCGCGUUAUCAUGCACGCGCAGAUCGAUGCAUGUAUCUAUAGUAUCUUACAUAUACACUCAUUGUCAAUGUACGCACAAACAUGGAUUGUCGAGAAAAAGAAAUAAUAGUACGUUCGAAAUAAAAAGCAUAUGUAUCUGGAUGCACCCAA